ACCCGGGCGCAGGCGUAUUCGUCUCUCUUCCAUCCGGCUUCCUUAGCCCUGGAGUUUGUCCCGGCUUGGGUGGGCCUCCACAGCGGCGGCACCGGCCACGGCGGUAGUGACAGGGGCUGCGUGAGCCCGGGCGGCAAUGGCGAUGGCGAUGUCAGACAGUGGGGCGAGCCGCCUGAGGCGGCAGCUCGAGUCGGGCGGCUUCGAGGCGCGGCUGUACGUGAAGCAGCUCUCACAGCAGUCGGACGGGGACCGGGACUUGCAGGAGCACCGACAGCGCAUCCAGGCGCUGGCGGAGGAGACGGCGCAGAACCUGAAGCGCAACGUCUACCAGAACUACCGGCAGUUCAUAGAGACGGCCCGUGAGAUCUCCUACCUGGAGAGCGAGAUGUAUCAGCUCAGCCACCUGCUGACGGAGCAGAAGAGCAGCCUGGAGAGCAUCCCGCUUACCCUGCUGCCCGCUGCCGCUGCCGCGGGCGCCGCCGCCGCCUCUGGAGGGGAGGAGGGAGGAGGUGGCGCGGGAGGCCGCGACCAGCUCCGGGGCCAGACCGGCUUUUUCCCCAGCCCCGGUGGCGCCUCCCGGGACGGUUCUGGGCCAGGCGAGGAAGGAAAGCAGCGAACCCUCACCACCCUGCUUGAGAAGGUGGAAGGCUGCAGGCACCUGCUGGAGACGCCGGGACAGUACCUAGUGUACAAUGGUGACCUGGUGGAAUACGAGGCGGACCACAUGGCCCAGCUCCAGCGGGUGCACGGCUUUCUCAUGAACGAUUGUUUGCUGGUGGCCACCUGGCUGCCACAGCGGCGGGGAAUGUAUCGCUACAACGCCCUCUAUCCCCUGGAUGGUUUGGCUGUGGUCAAUGUCAAGGACAACCCACCCAUGAAGGACAUGUUCAAGCUGUUAAUGUUUCCCGAGAGCCGUAUUUUUCAGGCAGAAAAUGCAAAAAUCAAACGGGAGUGGCUGGAAGUGCUGGAGGAAACCAAGAGGGCCCUCAGUGAAAAAAGACGCAGGGAACAGGAGGAGGCAGCGGCCCCUCGUGGGCCACCUCAAGUGACCCCCAAGGCCAGUAACCCGUUUGAGGACGAAGACGACGACGAACCAGCUGUUCCCGAGAUAGAAGAAGAGAAGGUGGACCUCUCAAUGGAAUGGAUCCAAGAAUUGCCUGAAGACCUGGAUGUCUGUAUUGCCCAGAGGGACUUUGAAGGUGCCGUUGACCUCCUGGAUAAAUUGAACCAUUACCUAGAAGACAAGCCCAGCCCACCUCCUGUAAAAGAACUAAGGGCGAGAGUGGAUGAGCGUGUCCGCCAGCUCACCGAGGUACUAGUUUUUGAACUCUCCCCGGAUCGGUCCCUGAGAGGUGGUCCCAAGGCGACCCGCAGGGCAGUUUCUCAACUAAUCCGGCUUGGCCAGUGCACGAAGGCUUGUGAGCUGUUUUUGAGAAACAGGGCGGCAGCUGUGCACGCUGCAAUACGCCAGCUUCGCAUUGAAGGGGCCACCUUACUCUACAUUCAUAAGUUGUGCCACGUCUUCUUUACCAGCCUUCUGGAGACGGCCAGGGAAUUUGAGACCGACUUUGCAGGCACCGACAGUGGCUGCUACUCUGCCUUUGUCGUCUGGGCGAGGUCAGCCAUGGGCAUGUUCGUGGAUGCUUUCAGCAAGCAGGUGUUCGACAGUAAGGAGAGCCUCUCCACCGCAGCCGAGUGCGUCAGAGUGGCGAAGGAGCAUUGUCAGCAGCUGGGCGACAUCGGACUCGACCUCACCUUCAUCGUCCACGCCCUUCUGGUGAAGGACAUCCAAGGAGCCUUGCAUAGUUACAAAGAAAUCAUCAUCGAAGCCACUAAGCAUCGCAACUCCGAGGAGAUGUGGAGGAGGAUGAACUUGAUGACUCCAGAGGCCCUGGGGAAACUCAAAGAGGAAAUGAAGAGCUGUGGGGUGAGUAACUUUGAGCAGUACACCGGGGAUGACUGCUGGGUGAACCUGAGUUACACAGUGGUUGCUUUCACCAAGCAGACCAUGGGCUUCUUAGAAGAGGCACUGAAGCUGUAUUUCCCAGAGCUGCACAUGGUGCUUUUGGAGAGCCUGGUGGAGAUCAUUCUGGUUGCUGUUCAGCAUGUGGAUUACAGCCUUCGGUGUGAGCAAGAUCCAGAGAAGAAGGCUUUUAUCAGACAGAACGCAUCCUUUCUGUAUGAAACAGUCCUCCCCGUGGUGGAAAAAAGGUUUGAGGAGGGUGUGGGGAAACCUGCCAAGCAACUCCAGGACCUGAGAAAUGCCUCCAGACUGAUUCGAGUGAAUCCCGAAAGUACAACGUCAGUGGUCUGA